AUGAACUCUCGUUCUCUUAUAAGUCAAAUGUUAACUAACUCAAUUGAGUUGUUAUUAAAGCAACGCCAAUUAAACAAUCAACAAAAAAUGAAGAUUUUAAAUGAGAUAAGUGAUAUUUUGAAUGAUGAUCCGAUGAUUCGAGAGUAUUGUAUAACGAUAAUAAGAGAUCAAAUUAGUUGUUGGUUAAACAAUAAAUGGAAUAUGUGUAAUAACCAAAAUCAAAUGAUGUACAUUGGAGAAUUAUAUAGUUCAUUUGAAACUAUAAGAAAUCAGGUUCAAAGGAUAUUUUUUAUGUUAGAAGAUCAUAAAAAAAUUACAACAAUUUAUAGUUUUAAAGAAACAAUUGAAUCAGUAUGGAAAGACUUUUUUAAAACUAUUACUCUUCAAUGUGACUUAAAAAAUCAAUUAGAAAAUUGGAUGAAAGAUAUUAUUUUAAAAAGAAAUGAUGAUAUUAAAAGGUUUUGUUUAUUAGUAGAGUUUUUAAGUAAAACUAAUGAACGUAAUAUUUGUAAUGAAAUAAUGAAAGAAAGUGUUGAAAAUAUAUUAAGCUAUUUUAAAGAAUAUCAAAAAUCAGUUGAUGCAUCAAUUCCAAUAUCAAUACAAAUUUUUCAAUUUUAUACAGAAACAAUAAAUACUAUUAAAUUAAUACCAAAACAAUACUUUGAUUAUUUUUCAGUAUUUAUUUUAUAUAAGUUAGUAAUUAAACAACUUUCUCUUAUUGUUCAAGACCUUCAAGAUUUUUGGCAAAAUAAUGAUUUUAAUUCAUUAAAAAAAAGUAUUGGACUAUUAAAUAAUUCACCAUUAACUACUAAUGAAUUGUUUUUUGUUCAACAAGAAAAUAUAAAAUGGUGUAUGAAUUAUAUUAAAAAAAAAACAAGUAAUAAUAUAGAAAUAAAUUUAACGUAUUUGUUAGAUGUUUUUAAUGAUUGUUAUCAAUUAGUUAAAUUAGAAAAUACAAUACCGUUUAUUAAAAUAGCUUUGAGUCAAUUUGUUAUUGAAUGGGAGUUAUUUAAAAUAAAAGAAAAUGAAAUAAUAAAUGAUCUUAGUUAUCGUAUAAGUAAAAUAAUAGAUUCUGGAAAUUUAGAAGAAUUAAAAAAACUGUUUUUUAUUGUAGAACUUCUUCCAAAUAAAGAAGUUUUUGAAAAUAAAUAUAAAAUUUCUUCUAUUUUCGGUGAUAAAAUUAAAGAAUUUAUUGAUAUCCCUUUUAAAUUUAACACUUCUAUAUUUACUAUAUACCAACCAGAUCCAAUGGUCUUAACUCAAAUAACUCUUCCGUCUAUUAUGAAUAGUAUUUUAAAUAAGUGGAAUUCGAUUUACAUAAAUCUUCCUCAAAACAGUCAUAAAAAACUUAUUUUUAUUCCAAUUCUCUCAUACUGUGUUUUAAAAUAUCAAUUUAACACUGAAAUUAAUUAUUUACUUCAUUGUAACACUAUUCAAACAACAAUUCUUAUGUUAUUAAAUGAAAAAUCAUGUAUUACUGAAGAAGAGUUACUUCAACUUAGUCCUAAUAAAGACGUAAUGAUAAAAAUGAUUACUUUACUUGUUGGAAAUAAAGUAAUUAAAGAAGAACAUAAAACGUAUUUUUUAGAUCCUUCUUUUAUUUCAACUAAUAAAAUUACUAAUUUACUUCAACCCAACAACCAAACACAAAAACCAGAAAUUGAAAUUGACAAUGAACAACUUAAAAUCAACAAACUCAUUUGUUUAGUUAUGAAAAUAAUGAAAAGAGAAAAAAGUAAAUCAAUCAAUGAACUUACUUCAAUUUUAUUAUCAUCACCUCAAAAUACAUGUUUCGUUAAUAAAAGAAUAAUCAGAAAAGCUAUUGAAUUUUUGAUUAAUAAAGGUUUACUUGAAAGGGUUGAAAAAAAUGAACUUCAAUAUGUUUUUUGA